AGCUUAUCAGUUUAAAUGCUAAUGCAUAUAUAUUCAGUACGGCUCUCGAUAAAUUUUAUUUUUAAAAGAAAUUACACUUUAGCAACCAUGACGUCUCAAUUCUUAGGUCCAAAGUCAGAUGUGAAGGCUAGUGAACAUCUUUCGCCGUACUUCGAGGAUAUCACGAUGAAGAUGGAGGAACGACGUUGCGAUCUUCUCGGCAGACAGAAAUAUUUAAGCGACAAAAUUACGACGAUGGAACGAUCGAUUCCUGCGUUGAUUGCAUACAACAUGUGGAUGUCAAAGAAAUGCGAUGACGCGCCGUAUUAUAAAAUUCGCAAGAUCAUGAAAAAGUUUGCUCCUUAUUCCGAUCAAACUGAGAAACUUCUCGAAAAUUUGAAGAAUACCGUGGAGGAACUGAACAGCGAGACCGAGGAGUUGCAUGAGAAGAUCAUUCAAGCGGAUGUUAAAUUGGAAGAGACAGAAAUGGAAAUAGAAUCUUUGGAGCUUAUGAACAGAGAGAUGAACGAUACGUUGAAGAAUCUGGAGAAAGAAGUGAGAUGUCACACCAGUGCGAGUCUUCAUUCGAUACAUUCCGAGGACUUGCUUUGUUUAUCGAAGAUUCGUCAAUUAGCUGAGGAAGAAUUAAAUCUGAAAAAUCGUAUUAAACAAUUGGAACAGAAGGAAACGCUUUUCAAAGAGCAUAUGGAUCGAUUGUUAACAUCUAAGGAACAUCAAAAUGCUUGUACUCGAAAGAAAAUCGUCAGCUGCGUUCAAGAUUUAGAUUGUACUGGGAAAAGGAUAUGCUACGUUCCUGAAAAGUGUUUAUUUCACGAACAAAGUGAGGCGAAGGGAAAGCAAGGAAAGGAGGAAGCUGUUACUGUUGGUGAAAAUUAUGCAUUUAAAAUAAAAUAUAAUGAAUUUUUUCUCUUUAUUUCCAUAUUUACACAGAUGCAAAGUGACGCAAUAAUUUCCACAUCGGAGCAAAAUAUUGAAAAACGUGAUCAAGAAUCUGAGUCUCAGCUGCCUGAGGAAAAAAUUGAAAAAAAAUCCUGGAUACCGAAUUGGUGGUCAAAUAAUGAGAAAUCAGAGGCUCGGAUGAGAAGUACAGAUACCCUCGGGUCAUCGCAUGUUGAAGAUAAUGAAACUAAAAAACCAAUUGUUGCUUCGACUAAUCCACGAACUCAAUCGCCCACUGUUGAAAGAACGUUGAAAGACGAAAAAAUAAGUGAUGAUGAGCGACCCAAAUUGUCAAAACCCAAGUCGAAAUCAGCACAGUGUCAUCGUCCUUGUUUCACACCUCAGGAUCUUGAAUGUAUUGUUAAAAAAACUUGUGUGGGAAAACCUUGCAAAAUCUCUUGCAACAAACCUAUCAGAGGUUGUACUACAUCCACAAGGAAACCUUUUUGCAAGCUACCACGUUAUAUAAUGAAAGAUCAUGGUAUUCGGACAGGAUGCAAACCAUAUGUGCUAUCUUGUGAUUUCACAAGUCCCUGUGAAAUUUGUCCAAUAAUGUCCUGCUCACGUCCAAUUGGAGGCUGCAGAUGCAAUUGCAAAAGCAAAUGUACCCGUAGUUUAUCCGAUGCACCAUGUAAUUGUAGUGAUGAUCCGUUAGGUCCUUCGGAGGAAUAUCAUCCAAGUGGUUCAAAGCAACUGGGUGAGGAAGACAGUGAAGAUGAAUUUUGCGAAUGUUGCUCAUGCGGUUGUGAAGACAGUGAUGAAUCAUUGUGUCAAUGCAACUAAUCGUAAGUUUUUUAUUUAUUCAUUUUAAAAUUGGAUUCUACAACCAUUAUUUUAUAAAAAGUA